AUGUCCAGCCAACAGAGCUUCCCUAAUGGCGAAUUACAGCUCCCAGUCUUCUUCGCAUGCAUUUUCUACAACACCGACACAAUGCAAUACCACGAGUGCAGGCACAUGCGUCUUCGCCGACCAAGUGACGUCUCCUGGCACCUCGAACGGUGUCACACGUUGCAAGAGGUCAGACUGUGUACGACUCGAGAGGCCAAGGCUGCCGUUAAGAAUGGAAAAGAGAAAAGCAUUUGCACAGAUCCCAAGGAAAUCAAGGUCUACGAUCCGAUCUGUCGUCUAAUGUUCUGUGGCCCAACGGCGGAGGCGGAUCGCCAACGCCACCUGGAUGCUAAUAUGUGCGAACUAAAGACUAUUGAAGAGACGGGCAAGUUGCUACCUGGAGAGCUCCAAGAAGUCCUUAAGAAGCGUGACAGGGCGAAGGCCAGCCCUGAAGACAAGUGGUACGCAAUGUGGAGCGGGUGUAUUCCACCUCUGGCAACGACAAGAUUUUGGACCGUCCCAGCAUCCCCAUACGUCCAGACGACCGUCGCCCGCGAGGCUGCUGAGACAAUCAUCCGGCGUGCCCUAGACAAUCUGCAUAUCACAACGGAGCUCCAUAGGUCUACGUUCGAUGAGAUUGUCAACGGACUAUACCCUGCUCAGUCUGGCGCUGGGCCUAAAGUCAAGAAAAUCGUCAAGGAGCAGCAGAAAAAGCGAACUUCAAUUCUCGAAGCAGAAGUCGAAAAGUUUUAUCGAUCGGCCUUUAAUUCCUCAGAGGUGACACCGCUAGGCUUACAGCCCGCCGCUCCCCUGCACCAUCAACUACAGAAACAGACACUCGAGCAAGCAAACAAUGGCAUGGCGAGUCCAUCAAGCCUCCUCUCAGGAGAAUCACAUCCGUUGCAGCAGUCUUACUCUGAUAUGCCUUCACAUUACCCUCACCCGGAAACCCAAGCACCUUCCCAAAUGACUGGUUCUGCAUAUGGGCAGUAUAUGGAAUCGUAUGACUAUCAUCCUUCAAACGAGUACACUGGCGGUUUCAGUGACGCUUACUAG